UACGAUUAAAAAAGUUUGACCAAAUUCUCUCGACACAAUUUCAUUUCGACGAUGAAAAAGGUUUCUAAAAUUCCGCAUGGCGAGGAAGUGUCACGAGCUCUGCCAGUCUCUGGCGGGGAGGAGGAUUAAAAUAUUUGAAUUUUCCUUGGAUAUCUUGAAAGCGAUUGAAAAGCAGGCAUAAACGAACUUUGACAGGGCGGAGAAGAAGAAUGGCUGAAGACAGUUGGCAUCCAACGGGAUUCGAACUGGAGGCUUCUGAAAAGGUGAUCUGUUCUUGCAUUUUGCAGUCAUGAUUUCGAAAGAAAUGGAUUGCUUAGAAAUCCCUGCGCAAAAUCUUUGAUGGACUGCGGUUACUACUUAUAAGGUUUGCCUUUGUUUUAUUUUUCGAGUAGGAACACAAUUUUUGCAUCUGCAUUCAGGAAAAUUAGCUGAGGCAAAACUGCUUAAAUUAGUGAAGUGGGUUUUGGUUUGCUCUUUUUGCGGAGGCAAAUCCUCAUAGCUUUUUGAGCCCUAAUUUUUAUGGUGGAUUGAGACGCUUUGGUAGAACUGGUUUUGGGUCUUCCUUUUUAUUGGGCUUUUUCUCUUUCGAGUAUAUUUUUCCAGUGCUGGGAUGAGAAUUUAUAUUAAGGCGAGGAUUGUGGAAUUGGAAGGCAGGGAUGGAAGACGUUUUGAGGAAACGAGAGAUUUGUCAAAAAGAUUUGGAAUCGAUGGUUUCCAGUUCUGUUAUUGGCAAUAAUUUGCAUUGGGUCGGUCCACAAUAUUUGGUUGUUGAUAAAAUUGAUGAGAAAGUGGGCGCACAGGUGGGUAAUCGUGGGGAAGUUGCAGAGGAGAGUGGGGGCGCGGUUGGGAUGAAAGCUCUAGCGGAAGCAAUGCUCAUGAAUCCCCAUUUGCAGGAAAAAUCUGGGUUGGUUCAGUUUGCAGGCUGUAAGAGAGUUAUUCAAACUGCAAAUAAUUUUCCCUAUGUUUUGGAUGCAUGUGAAAUGGGUCCUGGCGAGAAUUUGGACAGAACGAGGCCAUCAAUGGCUGAGGCCGAGAGAGAGAAAAUGGGCGAUUCUGAUCUUGAUGGAAUGAAGAAUUUCAGGUCUAGCGAUGAGGGAGAGGGUCUGCCUAAUGGAAUUUCUGCAUCUGGGUUGACUGAAUUGACUUCUCAGAAUCUGGUAGCGAAGGUAAAGUUCAUGUGCAGUUUUGGAGGUAAAAUCCUCCCCAGACCCAGCGAUGGAAAACUUAGAUAUGUUGGUGGGGAGACUCGUAUCAUCAGUGUCAACAAGGGCAUUGCCUAUGCAGAACUAAUGCUAAAGUUGAGAGAUAUGUAUGGGCUGGCUCUCAUACUCAAAUACCAGUUGCCAGACGAGGAUCUUGAUUCCCUUGUUUCUAUGUCCUCCGAUGAGGAUCUUGAGAAUAUGAUGGAAGAAUAUGGCAGCCUCGAUGGAGUUGAAGGUUCCUGCAGGCUACGUGUAUUUCUUUUCUCUGCACUGGAUCAUGACCUUGCUCAUUUUAAUGCAAUUGGCGAUAAGAGUAAUUCGCAGCAGUGUUAUGUUGAUGCUGUCAAUGGCUUCCUGGGCUCAGGAGUAGGACUUGGUAAGCAAACUGAGAGCACAGAUAGUGCAUCCAUACAACAAACACAGAAUUCCGUUGCACAUAAGUGGUGGGUGACUCCAAGUGCUCAAGAAAGUACUACGACAUCGACAGUCCCUGUCCAAGAUACUGCAAACCCUAUAAAUUUGCCAGCUAAUGCCCCAAUUUCUUCAAAACCGCUGUCAGUCGAUGCACCGAUUUCUUCAAAAUGGUUGUCAGUCAACGUACCAAUUUCUUCAAAACAGUCUAUAGCAUCGCCACCAUCUGGGGCUUCAGAUAUUUUGAUGAAUGCGUUCACAGGACAAGCGAUGAGGCCCAGUGCCCAAUCAUACAUUGCACUAAAAUCAACAGAAAGUCAGAAAGAUAUGGACCGUGGAGAAACCAUAACUUUGCCUCAAUCAGACCAUGGUCUCCACUUUGGAUACACAGAUCCAAGGGUUUUGGCAUUACCUUCUAGAGCAGGGCAUGUUUUCUCCGUCCCUACAAGCAAUCCAAAAUUAUCCCAGGACCAUAAUAUGCUUGUUAGUGAUGCUAGGUUGCGAAAAGUGGAUUCUAAGGGUAACUUUAUUCAGUUGCACGAGGAAGUUGGAGUAGCUAUAUCUUCUUUGGAUCGCAGCUUGGAUGUGCAACCGCUUCAUGUGGAUUCCCGGACAAUCGUUUUCCCGCGUGUACCAUCCUCUUUAUGCCAACCCCCAUGGCAGGAUACACAUGAUUUACAUCAGGAUGAUUACAUAAGAAUGGAAUGCAACCAACUUGAUAUUGGAGGACGUUUGCAACAGUUCACCCAGCAGCAUGCCCCUGUUUUACCUCAUUUGAAUGAUCACCAUCUUCCGAGAAAUGAACUCAUGGCUUUGGGACAUAUUGAUCAGGAACAGCUGCACAAAGAUGAUAUGCUCAGUAAUCUCUAUAUUCCAAAGUUUGUUUCAAGUAAACAAACGGAUCAUACUGUAGGAAGUGCAGCUGCUUUGUGUGUAGUGGGGUCUGAUCCCCAUUCCCCUAGCCUUGCAGAUCAACAAUGGACGGGAAAUCUACAGCACACGGAAGUGCAGCACUCAUCUAUUUCUCAAAUGUUGGAACAAUCACAAUAUGGAAUGAAUGUUAAUCAGUACAAUGAUCAAGGCAGCAGAGCUCUUUGUCCAUCUGUAUCUACAGCCAGUAUCAGGGAGUUAAACUCUGAACAACUUUCUCAUCGAAAGGCGUUGUCAUAUGAGCAACAGUAUGGUUGUCGACAGGGAAUGCCUUGUGAGCAGGCAUCUCAGUCAAUUCAUCAUCAGGAAUUGUCCAGUGCAUAUUCUGAUAUAUUUCCAGCAGAUCUUAGAGUAACGCCUCUUCAAACUGUAUGUGAAGGGAUUAUACACUCUGAGCUACCAGAUCAUAGAGUGAUGCCUGCUCAAACUAUAUGUGAAAGGGUUAUACACUCUGAUGGAGCGGUAAGGUCAACUUCCUCAUGUGUAGCAAGUGCUAUUGAAGAUCAGUUGAUGGCCUACACAGGUCAACAAAACAUAGGCGGUGAAAGAAGUGGAAGCAAUCAACAAGUAAAUGAAGCUGAAUCUAAUUUGGCAGCACUGCAGAAUUAUGUUGCCACACAUUAUACAUCAGAGUAUGUGGUACCACAGCAAUCUGUUGUGCCUCCUUUUCAUCAAAAACCAGAUGUAUCUGAUGGAUUGGUUUCACAUAGGAUUGAGGAACAAGAUGAUGGCAGCAAACAUUUUAUUUUCUCGCAAAAAAUGCCAGAAACAGAAGUAAAUGCUGAAUGGAUUCCUCAACUAUUGGGCAGUAGUGGUCCAGCAGAACCGGGAAAAAGUUAUACUGGAAUGGGAUUUCCAGAAAAUGUUUAUCCUAAUUUGGAUUCAGGAGUGAACAGUUUGAAUGAGGCUCAAAGAAGUGAAAUAUUUAAACCCUCUGAGAGAACCAAUGCAAAUCCUAUCAUUUUAGGACAGCUUGGAAUCACGGGAAUGCCUACUGAAGCUUCACAAGCAUCGGAAAUUGCUACACAAAUGAAAGAAUUGGGUAUGCCACUAACUGUUUCAUCUCACGGAACUGAAAACUUUAUUGAUGUUAAAGGUUUGAGAAGGCUUACUGAUGACAACAAAGUAAAUUUCACCUAUAUGCAACCAAAUGUCUUAGAAAAUAGUCAAAAUACAUUUGCUGGUGAAGGAGAAAAAACAAGUUCCAGUUCUGAAGUUGUUGCCUUGCCAAUAAAUAUCAAUAAUCUGCAGAUGCAAAACAUUUUAUCAUUGGACUUGCCUACAUCACAACCAUUGCAAGAAUCAAGGUUGCUUGACACCACUGUCUGCAUUCUGUCAUCUGUUAUGGACAUUCCAUCUUUGUCUGCUGAUUUUGUUUCGCUUGGCUACAAAGGAGAGGAGACUGCUCCAACACAUGCAACAACAAAAGAUAAAUUAGAUGAUUAUGUCAAGGCAGAGCUGCAAAAUGUAGCGGAAGCUGCUCUUCAGCCACCUCUUCUAUCUGCUCCAACAUUUUCUGUUAAUGGUUGGGCCCAGUUCAAUGUUGGUUUAAAUAAUGAGAACUCAAUUGGUAGAGUAACUGAAGUGGAAGUAGAGGAUAAUCUUAUGAUUGAAGAGGAAAUGAAGAUUGAGGAUUCAGAUAAUGACGAUCCACUUUUUAAUGCAAUUAUUGUGGAAGCUGAAGCUAUUGUUCGUGGGUUACAGACGAUAAAGAAUGCUGAUCUUGAAGAAUUGCAAGAGCUAGGGUCUGGCACAUUCGGAACAGUCUACCAUGGCAAAUGGAGGGGCUCAGAUGUAGCAAUUAAACGAAUAAAAAAUUGCUGUUUCUCAGGAAGGGCCUCUCAACAAGAUAGUUUGAAAGCUGAUUUUUGGAAGGAAGCUUGCCUGCUUGCACAACUUCAUCAUCCAAAUAUCGUGGCCUUUUAUGGUGUCAUAUCAGAUGGACCUGGAGGAACUUUGGGAACUGUAACAGAAUUUAUGGUGAAUGGAUCUCUCAAACAGAAUUUGCAGUGGAACGAUAGGUCAAUUGAUCACCGCAAAAGAAUUGUACUAGCUACAGAUGCUGCUAUUGGAAUGGAAUACUUACACAGCAAGAAUAUUGUGCAUUUUGAUCUGAAAUGUGACAACUUGUUAGUCAACAUGAAAGAUCCUCAGCGUCCCAUUUGUAAGGUUGCAGAUUUUGGUUUGUCUAAGAUCAAACACCAGACCUUAGUUUCUGGCGGUGCCCGAGGAAGCCUUCCAUGGAUGGCUCCAGAGCUUCUAAAUGGUAGCAGUAGCAUGGUUUCAGACAAGGUUGAUGUGUUUUCCUUUGGCAUAGUAAUGUGGGAGCUUCUUGAAGGGAAAGAACCUUAUACUGAUAUGCACUAUGGAGCAAUAAUUGGAGGUAUAGUGAGCAAUACAUUGAGACCACCGGUGCCUAACCAAUGUGAAGCUUCUUGGAAGUCCCUCAUGGAGCGGUGCUGGGCAACUGAUCCUGUCACAAGGCCUUCAUUUACUGAAAUUGUUGAUGAAUUACGGUCAAUGUUGGCAUCACUUGUUCUCAAGGGGCAAGGUCCUCAAACUUCAUCUCAAGCCCCACAUUAAUAAGUCACAAACAUGGAAUUAUAUUGCAUUUGGAACAUUUUGUUUUUUGCUGCGACAGAUGCAACCAGUCAUUCUUUAUGCUGUUAUUUUUGUACAUAUCUGCCUAAAUGUUGUGGAAGGGUUCCACAAUAUCUGCAAUAUUCUUUCUCAUUUCUAAAUGAGGUGUUAUUACAUAGGUUCAUUGCUUUUGGAAGAUCUCAGAGACUCUCCUUAUAGUUUAUACAGAUCAAGCCUUCAAGGAAUUGCUAUCUGAUUCUUUUUGGAUAUAUAGUAUCAUGGGAAUUACUCCCUGUACAUUACUGUUAAGCUUGUAAAUUAUAUGUAGUUUUAUGGGAAUUGGUAUUAUGAUUCUUUA